AUGUCUUCCCGAAGCGGCUCAGAGACCAAGAAGCCCAAGCGCCAGCCAAAGCCCCAGGUCUACGAGUCUGAGGGUGAGGAGUCUGAGGACUAUGCUCCUCCCCCACGGAGACGCGGAAAGCGCCAACAACAGCAGGGCGGCGGUGGUCCCCUUGACAGCCUUGCCCUCGACAGCGUCGGACAAACAGCAGGCGGCCUUGUCAACGGCGCAACCGGUGUGCUAGGUGGUGUAGCUGGCGGCGCCGUCAACCAACAAGGCGGUGGUGGCGGCGGCAAGAGCGACACUUUGAGGCUUCGUCUUGACCUCAACCUCGACAUUGAGAUUACUCUCAAGGCAAAGAUCCAUGGCGAUCUUGAGCUUGCUCUCUUAGAGACAUAA